CAUAUCAAAGGUUAAGGGUACCUCAAUUCUUCUUCAUUAUUUAUAUGAAUGAAUAAGAGUCGUUGUUUGUUUGAAUGCAGGUUUGAAUUCACUUGAUUAUUGAUUGGAAUGGAUAAGGAGAUAUCCCAUUCAUCUUCUUCUUCUGAAUUGGUGAAAUCAGAAGCAUCCUCUUCAUCGCAAUUACCAUUCAGCCACGACAUCACCCAAAUGCUCCCCAAAAACAGAACUCACAGACGCGCCCAUUCCGAAAUUCUUACGCUUCCCCAUCGCAUCACCUUCAAUACCGACGAAGAUUUCCUCCCUCUCUACCUCGACGAUCAAUCUCCUUCUCUUUCUGUUUCUGUUUCUGCUUCUGCAUCCAGCGCCGAUUCAAAGAAGGCAAUGUCUGCUGCCAACCUUGCAGACCUUGCCUUAGUUGAUCCCAAGCGUGCUAAAAGGAUAUGGGCAAACAGACAGUCUGCUGCAAGAUCAAAAGAAAGGAAGACGCGUUACAUUUCGGAGCUUGAAAGGAAAGUGCAGACACUGCAAACAGAAGCAACAUCCGUGUCUGCACAACUAACUCACUUGCAGAGAGAUACAAACGGACUUACUGCUGAGAACAGUGAGUUGAAGUUGCGGUUGCAAACCGUGGAGCAACAGAUUCACUUGCAAGAUGCAUUGAAUGAUGCAUUAAAACAGGAAAUUCAGCAUUUGAAAGGACUGACUGGACAAGUUAUGCCGAAUGGAGGACCUCUGAACUUUGCUCCAUUUAGUGGGGGGCAACAAUUCUAUCCCAACAAUCAGGCAAUGCAAACUCUUUUAGCUGCACAACAGUUGCAACAACUUCAAAUUCAUUCCCAGAAGCAGCCGCAUCAACUUCAGCAGCAACAACAGUUUCAUCAGCAUCAACUCCGGCAACAGCAACAGGAACAGCAACAGCAGCAGCAGCGGCAACAGCAAAAAGAACAAUAAUAUCAACAAAUGAGGGACUUGAAUUGGGAGGGACACAGAGAUAAACACUUCACCAUUUGUAAAUCCUUCACCGGCCGAGGAUUUUAGACACUACACAUUGCCUUUCUCUUCGUUAUAUCUUUUAAUUAUCCUUUGUCUUGUGUCUGGAGUUUUGUUUGGUUCACACUUCACAGUCAUGUUAUAUUUCUUAUUCAUUAA